UUUUUCAUAUAUUUAUUUUGUAUAACUGGUGCGGAAACGUGUUGGCGCGGAAUCGUGGGCGCGGAAUCAUACCCCACCGUGUGUCACCAAAUAAAGAGAAUGAGAAAAUGCUUUGGUAGCAGAUUAAUUAAAGGAUUUAUUUCGAUUAUUCGAUGGGUUCCAGUUGUUUUUGUUCUUUUAAUUAUUUGUUGGGCUUGGUAUACUUAUAUUAUUGAGUUUUGCUUUAAAAUUCUGGAUGAUGUUAUUAUUAAAAUUAUUUAUCUUUUAAUUGUCCAUUUGCUUUUAUUUAUGUUUUUAUGGUCAUAUAUUAAAACUGUGAUUUCAACUAUUGGAAAGCCUUCAGAAUUGUUUCAUAUACCUAUAGAAGUUCGUGAAUAUAUUGCAGCUGCCACAAAUGAUCACGAAUUUCGUUCAAUAUUGGAAGAAUUUGUUAAAGAAAGGAAUAUUCCUUUGUUAACUAGAGGUUAUGAUGGAGGGAUACGUUUUUGUUUAAAAUGUUCCUGUAUUAAACCUGAUCGUGCUCAUCAUUGCUCUGUUUGUGGCCAUUGUGUUUUAAAAUUUGAUCAUCACUGCCCAUGGUUUGAUUUUUUUUAUUUUCCAAAGAGAAAACUCCUUUAUUAAGAAAAAAUUUUUGUAAAAAUUUUUUCUUAAUAAGCAACCUCGUUAUAAGCUUAAUCUCUUAGCACAAUCCCAAUGGCUUCCGCUUCCUUUUCCUCCAUAAGAACCAUUUUCCUAAAUUAUUUUUUAACUUUCCCUGUAUUUGCGCAUUUUCGUUUUCUAGGAAAUAUAUUUGCGGAUUAAAUUUGCGGACUUU